AUGGCCAACGAAGCGCCUAUGAAUAAUGGCGUCGCAAAGGAGGAGGGAGCCGAACAACAGCAAGAAGCAACGUCUACCGCGCCCAAUUCAGAGAUGAAUCCCCCGGAGAAUAUCCCGAAUCAAGCAGAGGUAGAGGCUACGUCGAAUAAUUCGAACGACAACAAGGAGAAGGAGAAGGAGAGCACAGCUGUUGGCACAGGUAGAGAUACCCGCACCCGACGCGCCUCCGCCACUGCCGCUGCCGCCGCCAACAGCCAGCCCAGCACUCCCGCCACAGCUACUCGUCGCACGCGCCGUAAGAAGGACGACCAAGACAAGGAAAAGGAGACGCCGAAAGAGACACCAAAGGAAAAAGAAAAAGAAAAGGAGAAGGAAAAGGAAAAAGAGACACCGAAGGAGAAGAAGCCGAAAAAGUCUGCGAAGAGUAAGGUUAAAGAGCAAUUUGACAAGGAGAAACAGGAGCAGCCUGAAAAGGAGAAGGAGAAAGAAAAGGAGCCAGUAAAGGAAAAGCCAGCCAAAGAACCCAGAUCCAAAGCAAAGGACAAGGACAAGGAAAAAGAGGCGAAGAAAGAAGAAAAGAAAGAGACGAAGCCGCGCAGUGUACGGCGCGUCAGGGAAAAGUCCAAUGCCUCGAAUACGACGCCCCAGAGUUCACGGAAGAAGCCGAAGCUCGAGCACAACACAAACAACGACGAGAACAGCAGUCUCAAUAUCGACAACAGCAAAACAAAUGCGAACGAGAACGAGAUCAAUAAGACAGAAGAAAAAGCGCCCGUCCUAGCUCCCCCCCCGCCUGCACCAGCACCAGCACCAGCAUCAGCUCCCACCGCUGCGCCUGCACAACCAGUCGCUCCUUCCCAGCCAGGCAAUCAUGAAAUUAUUUUCGGAGGAAGCUCACGCCCGACUCAACAAACACCUCAAACGCCUGUCCAACAGCCAGCUUCGACUAUUCCUACCACCUCUGUAUCGCCAGUCAAGACAGCAGGUCCCUCGACCUUCGCGCCAACACCUCUGUCUUCUUCCUCCGUCGCUUCUCCCCCGACCUCCAUGCACGCUCCGUCGUUAACGCGAUCGCAUUCUUUAGAAAACAUGCUUUCAACGCAUAAUACCCCUUCAUAUAUGACUCCAACUCACGGGCCGCCAGCACCUCAGGCUUCUCCCCCGCGGUCGAGCGGACGAAACUACGAUCCUAUUCGAUCAGCGUUUGGCGACCCAGCUCCUCCACCUCCAGUCUCGCAUCAGCCUCCGUCGUCCCACAUGGGAACGGCUAUGCUUUCGCCGCAGAAUCAUUUCAGUCCUCCACAGCAUUCCAUGUCACCGCAACGCAUCUACAGAGCGAGUGCAUCUCCUGCUAUUUCUAGCAUUAUCGAUCCACCUGCGCCCCCGGUACCAGUGCAACAGCAAUUACCUCCACAGCAACACUCUGGUUAUCCGAAUCAUACGCAGGGCUACCCUUCUUAUGGGUCAAAUGCAGCGCCACCCGCGCAUCAUUAUGGACAAAGCCCUUCAAAGCAAGCGCCCACGCUUUCACAAAUCACCAACCCUAGUCCACCACCACCACCACCACCGCAACCUCCACGCUUUUCUACUCAGCAAUUACCUCCGCAACCACCCCAGUCCGUCGCGGAGCAAAACCAGUAUCCUACCCCUCGACAAGAUCAGCCGUCUGUUGCAUCGCCACCCCAGCCAGAGAAGCCAGCUGAGAAAAUCAGUCUGCUUCAACAACCGGUUGCGAUGGAAAUAGACUCUGAGCCUGCUCCUGUCACGGCGCCAGCUCCAGUUUCUGCACCUAUACCCGCACCCGAGACUACACCUGCAUCUACAGCUCCUGCACCGGCGCCUACAAAACCUGUAAAGACCGCCAAGAAAGACAAAGGCACACCAACCGCAACUCCUUCUAGUGCUCCAUCGCCUAAGCCAGCUCGUGCUGCCAAAGAUGCCGUGCCUCCACCACUUCCUCAGGGUUCUGGCCUGAUUACCGGGGCCCUGUUUGGAGUUGAUGACAGCUCGUCGGCAGCGUCGAAAACAGCACCUAACAUCAUUCUUCAUGUGCCUCUUUCACGUGACAGUAAUAAGAUUAUCAGCUUUGCUCGUUUAGCAGAGGAGAAGUACGGAUUCGCAGCGCUGCAUCCACGUAUCGCCGCACAAAAGGAGCGACUAGCGCGUGUCGCAGCAGCAAGUGCAGCCUUGGAAAACAACGAAAAGAGCGGAUCUGCACGCGAGAGCGCUGAGGAGGAUCUAAGUGUGGAUAUCGAUCGGGAUAGUGACCCUGAUGGUGAUAUUUCUAUGGGCGGAGUUGGACUGACUGCACCGGAGGAGCCUUCGGAUGGAAAGAAAAAACGCCGCAAGAAGAAGAUUGAGGAAUAUGACCGCGACGAUCCAUUUGUGGAUGAUAGCGAGUUGGUCUGGCAAGAGCAGGCGGCUGCCAGUAAAGACGGAUUCUUUGUCUACAGUGGACCGCUGAUAGCGGAGGGCGAAAAGGUUCAAGUUGAAAGGGCCGAUGGUACUAUCAAACGCGGUCGCGGCGGUCGUGGUCGCGGCGGCGCACGAACGCGUGGAGGGCAUGCGCAUGUUCCUAUUACGUCCAAUGUACCUGUGUCCGCUGAAACUGGGCUUCCCCUUCGUGGGCCCGGUUCUCGUGGAGGCAACACGGCUCGGAAACCGCGAACCAACAAGGCCAAGCAGCAAGGCGAUGAUAAGUCUGACGCGCGCACCACGGGCACUUCGAAAAGCGGAACCGGCCGAGGCGGUGGUAGCGCUGGCGGUUCUGCCAAUGCAUCUUCUAAGAGUGGCAGCAAAGCCCCUGCCUCGACUACAGCGCCUGCAGCGACUGCAGCGAGUACGACCAGUAUAACUGGAUUGGCCCCUGCGCCGGCUGUGUCUACAUCAGCACCAGGACCGCAGCUUGCCCCUGCGCCAGCUCAAAAUGGUCAAGUCGUUCCUUAA